AUGAGGAAUCCAAGAAGCAUAGAGACUGGUGAUGAGACCAAGGAAACAGAGGAAGAAGCAGCAAGAGGAGACCUGACUGGAGAAGAGUCAAGCAGAGGAUCCGGAGAGACACCAUCUGGGUUUGGUGGACUAAGACUUGAGGGGAUUGUCGGCAUGACAGAAGAUUCCGACGGAGAAGGAGACAUUUCGUUGGAACCUGGAGUAGGAAACAAUGGAGAGAUGUCCGGAGACAUAGACGGAGGAGUCGCUGAGAAACUCCAAGGAGCUUCAGGGAGAAAAGAAGGUGCAGCUGAUAUGGUGGAGAGCUGA